AUGAACGAAAUAUACAAAGCAGAUCCCGGUAGCCAGUCGUUGUAUUUAAUAUGGGCAGACUGGGAACCGAGGAAAAAGGCAGCCCCAUGUGCCGCUGACGAGCAGGAGUAUGACGGCCACUGCUUCAUCAUCGCACCCGAGGUGGACGAAGCCAUUCGCACAUGGAGCGAGCAAGGGCUCAUCACAUUAGCGUUCGUCUACGGCACGCCUGCCUGGGCACGUUCGAUUCGUCCUUGCGAAGCAGGCAUCUACUGCGUUCCCGACGAUGCCGCCGACUAUGGACGAUUCGGCGGCAUGCUGGCCCGACGGUACAAUGGGCUCAACGGCAACGGGCGCAUUGCCGAUUUCGUCCUCGGCAGGGAAGUCGGGAACUACCGCUCCUUUGACAUCGGCUGCGGCCCGGGCUCGACGGCUUGCGACAAGACCGAGUGGAUCAAUCUGAUUGUGGCAAACUACAAUGCCGGCUACGAUGCCAUAUUCGCCGAGCAGUCGACGGCGAGGAUCAUGACGUCGAUCGACAACAAGUUUGGCGAGACACUGGAGAAUGCUGCCGACGGUCAGCUUUGCGGCAAGAGUGUUCUGUUGGGCCUUGGGAACAAUGCCGGCGGCCGGCUCUGGCGGGCGUCGAUUAACGCCUACAACAAACCCGAGGCCCUUCGGUUUGACUACCUGGAUUAUCCAUAUGUAACGAUGGGAAACGUCGGAAUCCUCGUCGGCUGGCUGAUACAACAAUUCCCUAACGAGCCCCAGGUACGGGACGUGCAGUUGGCCGAACAAGGGCUCCCUGGUCGCCCCAACUUCGAGGAUACAUCGGCGAGUUCUCUGUGCUUCGGAUUCCGAAACGCGCUCGGCACGCCAGGAAUUGAUAACUACAUAUAUUAUCAUAUGCUAGAUCAGCCUGGCGAGAUCGACAAGUUUGGACUUUUUAGGGAGGAUGGAACUCCCAAGGGGUUAUGGGGGAUCUGGGCCAACUCGAGCCGCCCCAACUGGUCCCCUGGGCUUCUCUCCCACAGCUGCGGAUUUCAGAACCUUCCCUACCUUGAGAUGAACCUCGGCCGCGGCAACAGCGGCAGUUACAUCGCCUCUAGCAGGAAGCUACCGUCGUCCUAUCUUGGCGACGGGAGAUUUUUUCUCCACCAUUCUGAGCAGCCAAACAGCAUUAUGCUGUACGAGUGCAGUACUGCCGCUGGGUCGAGGCUCAUGGCUGAUCCUUCAUGCAACAACGAGCUUCCGUAUGGGCCCGUAGGAUGGAUCUAUACUAGCCAGGUCCUCCCGAGCACCGUGCCUCUGUACUCUUGCUACAACCAGGUAUCGGGCGCCUACUUCCCAUCGUUCGCGUCGGACUGUCGGGGGCAACCCAAUGUGCAGGUGUUGGGCCUGCUGGGGUACGUCUUUCGAAACCUCCCAAGCCCAUGA